AUGGCGACCACGGUGGACAAGAUCAAGUCGAUUGAGGAGGAGAUGGCCAAGACGCAGAAGAACAAGGCCACUUCGUUCCAUCUGGGCCAGCUCAAGGCGAAGUUGGCCAAGCUGAAGAAAGAGCUGCUCACACCGUCCAGCGGCGGCGGCGGAGGCGCGGGCGUGGGCUUCGAUGUCGCACGUACCGGUGUGGCCUCGGUGGGCUUCAUAGGCUUUCCGUCGGUCGGCAAAUCGACGUUGAUGUCGAGACUCACGGGCCAGCACUCCGAGGCGGCGGCGUACGAGUUCACGACGCUGACGACGGUGCCUGGACAGGUCAUAUACAACGGGGCCAAGAUCCAAAUGCUGGAUCUGCCUGGUAUCAUUCAAGGAGCCAAGGACGGUAAGGGUCGAGGUAGGCAGGUCAUUGCAGUCGCCAAGACAUGCCAUCUUAUCUUCAUCGUGCUGGACGUGAACAAGCCGCUCACAGACAAGCGGGUUAUCGAGACAGAGCUUGAAGGAUUCGGCAUUCGGGUCAACAAGCAGCCUCCGAACAUCAAGAUCACGAAGAAGGACAAAGGCGGCAUCUCCAUCACCUCUACGGUUGCCCUCACACACAUCGACAACGACGAAGUGAAGGCGGUCAUGAACGAGUACCGCAUGGCCAACUGCGACAUUGCGAUUCGAUGCGACGCAACGGUCGACGACCUGAUCGAUGUCAUUGAAGCCAAGAGUCGGGCGUACAUUCCGGUCAUCUAUGCUCUGAACAAGAUCGACGCCAUCAGUAUUGAGGAGCUGGAUCUGCUAUACCGUAUUCCGAACGCUUGCCCCAUCUCGUCGGAACAUGGCUGGAACGUGGACGAGUUGAUGGAGCAGAUGUGGGAGAAGCUGAAUCUGCGCCGCGUCUACACAAAGCCAAAAGGCAAGCUUCCCGACUACUCAGCGCCGGUCGUGUUGAGGAGCACCGCAUGCACUGUCGAGGAUUUCUGUAACGCCAUUCACAAGACCAUCGUCGACCAAUUCAAGAUUGCCAUCGUCUAUGGCCGAAGUGUGAAGCAUCAGCCUCAGCGUGUUGGGCUUUCGCACGAGCUUGCAGAUGAGGAUAUCCUGACCAUUAUCAAGAAGUGA